AGAGGUUCAGGGAGAACAGGGAGAAGCAGCCUGAUGGACAGAUUGUGUUUCUGUGUAUGAGAGUCAUGUCAUGUCCAUGUUUGCAUGCUGAAAGAGGAUGUGCUGCUCUGACCCCCCUCCUCCUUUCAGGGUGGAGCCUGCUGGAGUCCGAUGGUUGACACCAGGUCUGAGGAAGUAUUCCUGUGAGCUCACAGUCGACACAAACACAGUCCACAGAUACAUCAAACUGUCUGACAACAACAGGAAGAUGACAAGUGUGGAGGAGGAUCAGUCAUAUCCUGAUCAUCCAGAGAGGUUUAAGACCUGGUGUCCUCAGCUGCUGUGUAGAAUUGGUCUGACUGGUCGCUGUUACUGGGAGGUCGAGUGGAAAGAAAAUGUUUCUAUAUCAGUGAGUUACAGAAGAAUCAGAAGGAAAGGAGACAUUGAAGACUGUGUGUUUGGAUGUAAUGAUCAGUCCUGGAGUCUGAGGUGCUUUGAUGGUGGUCGCUACUCUGUCUGGCACAAUAACAGACAAACACUCCUCUCCUCCUCCUCCUCCUCCUCCUCCUCCUCCUCUGGUAGAGUAGCAGUGUAUGUGGACUGUCCUGCUGGCACUCUGUCCUUCUACAGAGUCUCCUCUGGCUCACUGAUACUCCUCCACACCUUCAACACCACAUUCACUCAACCUCUUUAUCCUGGAUUUGGGUUGUUCAGGUCCAGUUCUGGUUCCUCAGUGAGUCUGUGUGGUGUUUAGUGUGCAGAGUCUCCUCCUGUCACAGAAACAUUGUCAGUGCUGAACAGUUGAGUCUGUACAGGAUCACAGUCACAUCAAUCUUUCAGCUUCUUGUAAUAAAUUCAUAAUCAACUUUGUACAAAAUUUGAUUCAAACUGAUUGAAAAGAUUCUUCAUUUACAUUUGAAACUUCUUCCAUUAAAUUGUGGAAAUUGCGUUGACUUGUACUUUCUAUCAUGUGUUGUUUUGAAUUCUGGCUCUUGUUCCAAUAAAAUCCACAACUAUUAGUGAAAUGUAAGAAACAGAAAACAUCGACUCGUCUGCAGCUUUAAUUGUAAAGAAUCAUUGUGAACAAAGUUGUCAAUGGACAGUAAAAUCUGAUCAAAUGUACUCGACACUCCACCUGAAACACUCUGACUUGUUUCAUGUGUUUCUAAUGAUGAAACUAAAAGUUUGAUGGUGUUGGUUAACACAUGUAAUUAUGUCCGUAGUGACAGAGUCAUAAACUGCACAACAUCUCUUCAUUUCUGUCUGAUUAUUAUAUGAGAAGAAAACACAUUUGAAUGACAAUCACUGUGUUUCUCUCAGUGUUUUGUGGCUGUUGAAGUCCGGCUGUAUUUUCAGGACGUUUGCUGGAUUUGAAUCUGGUCCGUCAAACUAAACAGCUGUGAGAAAAGUCUUUCUCUGUCUGAGCCGGAUGGCUGAAGAUGUUUGGAAGUCAGAGAGCCGGAUCAAAUACUGAAACACUUUCAGAGAUCACAAACUAAACUGUCCUGAUGAAGUUUUUAAACAAGCGCUGAAGAGAUUUGAGCUCAUGUUUGAUGCUUCUGAACGUUGAUGUUCAGAGCAAAGAGUCCAAAACUUGUACAAAUUGUUCCUUUUUGUUUAAAUGUGACUUUGUUCGUGAAACGAUCAGCUGACGAGUUUAUAAUCAGACUGAAAGAUGUCGCACAGCGUCACUGAAAUGUUUCUCCUCUGCUGAAGUAGUUGAAUAUAAAAGUCUACUUGUGUCCUCAUCAUGUUGUCUGUCAGUGUGGAAACUGUAAAUAAUUCAUAUUGUUUUCAUGCUAUAUUAAAGGAACCAGAACACAUGAA